ACGGAAGUGAGCUUUAGCCUCUGGCGGGACGAGCCGAGACGUGAUUUUUAAAAGGUUUUAAAUGGUCCUGCAUGUUUUUUUUAAUUCCCUCUCGGAUUGAGAGCUUUAACAGAAACUUCCAGAAGUGACGGUUCAAGCGGCCAUGCCGGUCACGCAGACCCGAGGUGAGGCGGGAGCUGGGGUCGUAGCGCACCUCCAGUGCCCCCACUGUGGCAGUUUCUCAAAAAGCCACUCCCACAUGCUGUCGCACCUGGCCGCCUCCCACCCCGCCCACCUGGACGCCACGGCGAUGGGUCGCCUUGGCAAAAUCCUGAUGUACCAGAGCGGCGUGCGGCUCUUCCACUGCGCCAUCUGCUUCUUCAACUGCCGCGACUUCACCAAGCUGUACAAGCACAUCAUCACCAAACACUGCACAGACCGGGGCGAGGAGGAGGGAGGAAAAGGUGGGGGCGAUGGGGGCGAGGAAGAGGAGGGCGCUAAAGAGGGUCUGAAAAGACAGAAAAGCGAGGAAGGAGGGAGUGAAAAGGGUGAGGAAGAGGAGGGAAAUAAAGAUGCUCUCAGCAUAAAGAGAAGCAGUGAGGGAGAGGAAGGUGGGAGCGAGAAGGGAGAGGAAGAGGAGGGCAAAAAAGACACGCUUAAAAGAAAGAGAAGCGAUGAAGGAGAGGAGGAAGAGGAGGUAACUGAAGACGCUCUCAAAAAGCAGAGAAGUAAUGAAGGUGGGAGUGAAAAGGGUGAGGAAGAGGAGGGCAAAACAGACGAACUUAAAAGACAGAAAAGCAGCGGAGGGGAGGAUGAGGAAGGUGAGGCGCCGGCGCCAGCGACCAUUAAGCAAGAAGACGAAGGGGAGAAGAGCGAGCUGACGGAGGUCAGCGGCUUCCGCUGCCUGAUCUGCAGCUGGAGUCACAGGCAGAAGUCCGUCGCCAUCAGUCACAUGGUGCGCAAGCACAACAUCCCUAAAGCCUACGCCAACCAGGGCAUCAAGCGGGACGCGGCUGCAGACGGCCAAGUGCAGGGGGGCGGGGCCGAGGACGACGAGGGAGCCGGGCUGAGCGAGGAGAUGCUGAAGGAGGAGAUAAAGGCCACGUCGAAGGUGAUCCGCUUCACGUCCAGUCGCUUCGUGUGCCUCGUCUGCGGCUGGAAGACCAAACUCAAAGGCUUUGCCAUCAGCCACGUGCUGCGCUCCCACGAGGUGGAGCGCCCGUACGCCUGCAAGGAGUGUGGGCGGAGCUUCUUCCUGCCCAGCCGCCUGCAGAAGCACGUUCGGCAGGCGCACCGGCCGGGCCGCUACGCCUGCCCCUUCUGCUGGUUCCGCUCCGAGUUCCUGGGCGGCUUCAAGAGGCACUGCAGCCGCUGCAACGCCCGGGGGGAGGGCGAGGAGGAGGGCGGCGGGGAGGUCAGGGGGGCGGGGGGCGAAGAGGAGGACAACCAGGAGGAGGAGGAGGAGGAGAAGAAGGAGACCCGAGCCGCCAGGAGGCGGUCGAGCUCCGGGAAGGAGGUGGAGGAGCAGGGGGAGGAGGACGACGAGGAAUACUAACUUGUAGGUUUUUAACGCAAUCAUGUCUCUAGAUUUUAAAUCUUUUUAGCUUCACUUUUUUAUUGGAGUCGUUUUAGAAGAACCAUAUAUAUAAAAUAUCAGCUUAGUGGUGACUUAGACUUAGAGUCACAUGACUCUUUAAUCAAGAUAGUCUAUUAGAAGAGUCGUCUCACUGCAGAAACCCAAAAAAUUCCAUCAAACUGACACAUUGAGCCUGUUUUUAACAAAUAACUCCUCAAUUUCUGUGCAUAUAUAAAGUCCUUCAACAAAAUUCUUUCAAAAAAACCAAACCAAAAAUCUGUUAAUGAGCUGGCAAUUCAGUGGCGUGUCCAGCAGGGGGCGGAAUACAUCCCAGAAUCUGAAGAAAAAAAAACAUUUCACUAUUAAAGCUUCCUUUUCGGUGAACAUUGCACGCGUCCUUUGAAACCUGUAGACUCCUGCGAUCUCAUCUUAGCCAUUUUUUUAACUUUUAACGUAAAGAUGUUUGUGUAAAUAAAUCCAAAAAUGACACUAAA